CAUCUGAUUUCUCUCCUCCCACUGAUGAUGGCCUGUUCAAAACACAAGACAAAAACAAAUCUCACAUAUUAAGGGACGUUAAAUCUGCCGUGUGCUUUUCUAACGACGACUCCUCUGUUCAUCUGUCCGCUGGCAAAGAAAGCCAGAAACGAUCCCGAGGCAAAGAUGGUCUCCCCCGUCACUGUGGUCAAAAGUGAAGGCCCGAAGCUCGUGCCAUUCUUCAAAGCCACCUGCGUGUACUUCGUUCUGUGGUUGCCCACCUCGAGCCCCUCCUGGUUUAGUGCCCUCAUCAAAUGUCUGCCCAUCUUUUGUCUCUGGGUCUUUCUACUAGCUCAUGGCAUCGGCUUUUUGGGUGCCCACUCCAGUGCCAGGAAAAUCUUGGCAGGACUUAUUUUUUCAGCUUUGGGUGACGCAUUUCUCAUCUGGCAAGAGCAAGGUUACUUUUGUCACGGAUUGCUAAUGUUCGCCAUCACCCACAUUCUCUACUCUUCGGCAUUUGGGAUGAAGCCCCUCAAUUUGAGAGCAGGUAUUGUCAUCUCUGUCAUCUCAGGCCUCAGCUACACACUCCUCUACCCCUUCCUUUCCGGUCCAUUUACCUACCUGGUGGCCGUUUACAUCGCUCUCAUUGGAUUCAUGGGCUGGAGGGCCAUCGCCGGCGUCCAGCUUGCCAACGACCUCUGGACCUGGACGAAACUUUCGGCGUGUCUCGGAGCUGUCCUCUUCAUGGUUUCCGACCUCACCAUUGCCGUCAACAAGUUCUGCUUCCCCGUGCCCUAUUCCCGAACCAUCAUAAUGGCCACCUACUACGCAGCGCAGAUGUUGAUCGCCCUGUCAGCGGUGGAAUGCCAAGACGCCGAUGUGUCUCGGAAAAGAGCCUGAGGAACCGUAUCUUUACCAACUGCCCCCAAAGACUUGAGGUCCUCAGCCACUGUAAAGGUCCAAAAACCACGUCUAGAAAGUUUAGGUCCAUAUCCAGUUCCCCUUGUCUGAUCAAGAUUUUUCAAGUUUAAGACAAUGCAAGACCAGAUGUUAAAUAAAUGCUGGAGUCAUGAACUAGUUCUGGUCUUCAACGGUUUGCGAGUAUUUCCAAGUUACCAUUUUCGACUCCUUUGCACCCUUGGAUAACUUGGCCACUUCCGUCCUGAGAACAAAAAAGUCUUGAGUGAUUAGUCUUUACCUGGAAAUUACUUUCAAACAAUACAGGGUGGUUCAGAUUCCUCAUCCCAGUCCAUCUUUCCAGCAGACAUAAACAGAGAAUGAAAACCAUUUCAAACUAAAGCCGACAUUUUAGUGUAAGUAGUGCUGCUGUACUGAUAAUCAAUGCACAUAGUCGUGAGCCAUAGUUGUGAGCAUUGAUGUUUAUCCUGUCAUUGACACGAGUGUUGAUUUUAUUUUGUUUCGUAACAACGUUCAUGCCUACAUGCACAUCCAUGCUGGAAUAGUUGUCUUGCUUCAAACCGUCCGUCACGCCUGACAGACUGCAUCAAGUGGUGGCACCACCUCUAGCGUACAUUGGGCCUGUAUGCUAUGCUGAGAUAUGCAAAGUGACCAAAGUAUGUAAACACGGGACGUUUAAAGGGACAGAGGUCACCUUCUUGGGCGGCGAAUCCGCGACAGCGUCUGUUAUCUUUUUCUUAGGUUUCUGCCAAGUCAGCAGCAUUGCUCAAUACCUCUGGUAUAAGGAAACAGCGAAUAAGUAUUAGUUGUACUGUUUGUUUUGUGUGUACAGUAUCAGACAUUGUUUUUAAAGAGGGCGUGAUGUCAGAUGAUACAUAUGUACCGAGCUUCCAACCACUAUGUGUUGUCGUUUGGAGUCAAGGGAAAGCGGGAAACCUGCUGUGGGCGAAUCAACAUCUGUGGUAAAACUUGAUAUUUGGAAUUGCUGGGAUUGUAAUCAUGAGACAAAAGCCAGUACUGUUAUUUUUAUACUCCCUUUUCAUCUCAUUCACAUUUUUCUCCACCUGAAAACAUAUUUCACAUCAUUUUUUGUGCGAACAUUUAAUCAUUUUGUGAAUCGUUCUUAGGUCAGCUUUCUGCUGUUUUUAUUUGGUACUGUGUUUCGCAAUCGAAAGUAUACAUUUUGGUAGAUCUCAAAACAUUAAGUCUGGUCAAAUUUUACCCGAAAAUUAAAAGCAAUAGAUUUUUUUAUUGUUAUUAUUAUUACAUUGUGACAUUAUUUUAAGAAUGAUUCCUUUAUUUUUAUUGAUGUGAUAUUAACUGGUAGCUCUUUAUUACUCGCGGGAAUAGUUUGUUGUUUUCGUGCGAGUGACGCGAAAAACAUUGCACGACAGGGAGUGUCUUUGAAUUUCUCAAAAAAAAUCAAUUUAUGUGGAAGAUGCAAUUGCCAUAUUUCGCAUCUUUGCAUUGACCUUGUAUGUAUUUUAUUCGCGCAAAUGACUUAAUUUGUGUUUGGUAUGAAUGUAGCAUUAGUCUUUUUAUUGUUUAUUAAGGCCAGUACAACAAAACCUAGCAUAAAAUGUAUAUAUAUUUUUUGAAAUGCUGUAAUGACAUUUUUUGGAAAAGGUGGAUAAUUGAUGUGAAAAUGAUGUCAGAAUGGAAAUAAUAGUGUUAAAAUAUUAUUUUGAAUGCAUUAUUCAAAAUGUCGGGCAAAUUUUUUUUUUAUUUAGUGGUGCAUUUUGACACUGACAUAUUCUUGGAAGGCUUUGUGGGAUUCACGUAUUUAUUCGAACAACACAUGUACUGUAUUUAUUAUCAGUUGAAUAGAAUUGAUCACCGUUUGUUUCUGAUCAACACCUGAUCUUUCACGGAUAGUAAAUGAAGGAAGAAAAUCAAGCACCUGGUUUGAUAUGUACUCAGCUGCUGUACCCUCAGGUGUGAGUGGAAAUGGGAUUUGAACGCAAACACAGCUGAAUACUCCAGUGGGUCAUUAUUAAAGAGAUACAACAAGCACAACCUGACCGUGAAGCGGAGGAAAACAACGUCCAGUGAUUGACUGGCUUUGUAUUUAACCUUCGUUGGAUUAGACACCAAUAUUAACCAAAAGCAAAUGACGCUAUAUUGUUGCGUAUUCCCUAACGUUCAUCUAACGAAACGCUAAAAAUCAUUAAGAUUUUAUAAUAAAGUAGGGAUGAAAAGAAUUUCCCUGUUAAUGCAUUGUAUAUCUAUUCUUACGAAUUUCACAAACUAAACGUGGCAUCUACCCUGACUAUUCGCUAUGUAUCUUCUGAGACCAAUAGAAACAACACCGUUAUUUUAGCAUACUUACUUUAUACCAAGUGUCAUAAGUUCCUAGUUCAGUGGUUACGCUGUCAGCAGAACACUUCAGCUUGGUCAAAAGAGCGUUCGUGAUUUGCAAAGUCAUCAAAACUGCGUCUCUGCAAUGCAGCUAUGUGUCAUGCAACAUUUCAGUAAUGUGUUGUGAAAGUCUGAUGUUGAUGGACCAAAUGUUUCGCAUUUGUUGUAUAUUUUUAUUUAGAGUUUUGGAAAUAAAGUUAUGAUAGUAAAUACUAGGAGAGAACUCUGGAAGUGAUGUUAGCAACUCCCGAAUUGCGUUUCAGGGUCUAUGAAUGCCCUUACAUUGUUCAAAUUUCCAUUGUAUUGAAUUUCUUUCGUCAACCUGCUGUCACCUCCCAGAUGGCUGGAAUUCGACAGUUAAACCUCCCCCAGUUUCCUCUUUUGUGUAAAUGCAAACUCCAAAGAGGACAACAGGUGCCUGCUGCCUCCAUCACUGAAAUAGUGUUUGAAGGUGUGUGGAGACAGAUGCUGGCACGGGGAAGAUUUCCUGUCCAUCUGGCUUUGCUUUAGCCCGUGACCUUAUUCAAAUGACGAGAUCGCUUUACACCCUCUGUCAGCACUCGGAGGAUGAUGCUUUUGUAUCGAGGUCGAGGGGGGUGAAACAGAAUGCUGGGAGUUCAGUGUGUUCAGGGUUGAUGACAAUGAUUAAGUGUCGCUGUCCAAGCGCUAAUAAUAUUGAGAAUUAACCCACUCGGUUGAAAGCACACUUUUGAGGGAUGUAGAUAUGUGCACUUUUUCAUUUAUCUUUAUUGUUUUUCUGACACAUAGGAGCGGUUUCCCGGACAGGGAUUGGACUAGUCCAAGACUAAAAUAAGAGCUGUCCAAACUGAAAACAACUUGCACUGACAUACUGUAACUUAAAAUGCAUGCCUUUGUGUUGUCUCAAGAUGCACACAAAUUAUGUUUUUAGUAAGGCAUGUUUGUUGAAACUACUUAAAUUUCCUCAUUAAACUGAGGCCUAGUCCUGGUUUUAGCUAAUCCCGUCUGGGAAACCACCCCUUUGUGUUUGAGCUGAUAGUGGUGUGCGGAAUGUUUUCAGACCCUGUGGAUAAAGCUCUGAAUUAAAGAGACAGUUCACCCAAAAAUGAAAAUUCUGUCAUCAUUUACUCACCCUCAAGUUGUUCCAAACUUGUAUACAUUUCUUAGUUCUGAUUGACGCAGAAAAGGAUAUUUGGAAGAAUGCUUGUGUUCUGGGGCACUAUUGACUAUCAUAGGGAAAAAAAUACUAUGGUAGUUAUGGUAGUCCCAGAACUGUUUGGUUACAAACAUUCUUCCAAAUAUCUUCUUAAAACUGGAUUGGAACAACCUGAGUGUGACUAACUGAUUUUUCAUUUUUGGGUGAACUGUCCCUUUAAGGAUUUCUCUUCUGCUUGAUUCAAAUCUGUUUGCUUGAAUUAUAGUGUAUGACUGAAAUGCACUUUUGAAAGCUAGAGGGACAAAAAAUAAACCACCUUCAAUGUUUUUUGCAGACACAAAAGCUGUUUCAAAAGCUAGUGAUUUGCUUAAGUCUACACAGGCUAAACUUAUUCUCCGUCUGACAGCAUAAUGGCCCAUAAGAAGUGGCUGUUUUUUAACAUAUUAAUUAAAUAAAUAUAAUAAAAAAAUGUUGAGUAAAUAGUAACUUUUUGGCCUAUUUAAUUAAUAUUCUUCAUUAUUAUAAAUAAUUACGAAUGAUUUUAUUAAUAAAUCAUUAAUUAUAAAAAUUAUUAUACAUAAUUAUUUAUUUGUAGACUUAACAUUUCUUCAUUAUUUUGGAUGAAUUAAUUGAGAGACCAAUGCAGUUUUAGAAUUUAACCAGAAUGAAGCAUCUUAGAUGGCACCUUUUGCAUUGGGAGUACGUAUACAAGGCCCUAAAAUGCUGUCUUGAUAGGUAGCUCACUAGAUUUAGGACCAGAACAUAAAAAGGACCUUCAAAGUAUGUUUGGACAUUAGGUUUUGAAAAAAUAGUUUUUUGCCGCUAUCUUUUUCCAGCUUUUGAUCUGUUUUGUGGUUGUUUUAACGGCUGCUGCGAACAUUGUGCACAAUCACAGCCUUACCAAGCUUGAUGUAUGCUAUUCUCUAUCACCUCUGCCUUUAAAAGAAAACAUAAUCUGGGUCCGUUCCAUUUUACGAGAAAGUUUUAUACAACAUGUAUUAACAAUAUUUAUCACAGAAUCUAAUAUUGUGUAUUGCAAGUAUAUUCAUAUGUUGGACAUCAUACUAAAAGAAAAGGACAAAACGUGUAAGGUGGACUAAUACUUACACCUGUGCUAUAGAGUUCUAACUGAAUAUACUGUAUGUAAAACUUUACAAAUAUAUGUCAAAACUAAAGCCGUGGCGAUACUUGGGUAGUUAAAGCUGUGUAGUCGUGAAUACAAUCUUAAAAUACAAAACCCUUUCGAGGUUGUUGUGGUCUUAGUUCUGUGAAAAAUAUUACUACAUAAGGGAAACUCUUUUUCUUGGAGUACCUCUUUUUCUCUAUAUUAUGCAUUUAUCUUUUUUUUACCACUGACCUUUAAACAUUGUGAAGUUACUGUUAUGUUGUGAAUGAAUGCUGUUAUUUUUAGCUGAGUAGAUAUGAGGUCUAUACAUUAUUUUGCCUUGUUGUAAAAGUCCGGUCCUUUAUUUCAUUAUUGUGGUUAAAGGACCCUAGUGCUCCUUUGCUGUAGUGAUACUGCUAUGAAUGUGAUUCAGUCAAGUGAGAAAUAAAUGCAACUGCAAUGCAACUCAAA